GCACUCUACUACCUGCAUUGUUUGCUUUGCUCAGUCACUGGCACCGCACAAGCACGAAGCUCGCCGCAGGACGGGUGUAGAUGCUUAUUUCCUGGACCACACAAGCUUAACUUUUUGAUAAAUAUCGGGUUUAAUGGUAUCACUUAAAGGGCCUCGUUCAAGAAAGGCUACCUGGCUUGCUUUUGGUCUUGUAACACUCGCUGUUUCAACUAUAUCUGCACAAGAUUCAUCGGUACUCUCAGGAACGUCCCUUAGUUUUGCGAGUGCAGAUUCUACGACAGCGCAAGCGGUAACCGCAUCUCCAACUCCCAGUGGGCAGGCCGACGAUGUGUCGACGCCAGCUGUUUCAGUCGAGUUUGAUCAACCAGCCGAAGCUGCACGGGCAUACAGAAGUGCCCUAGUAACACUGUCUACUCUCACAGCAAUUCCGCCAUCAUACACCCAUGACUCAUCUCAUAUCUCUCCGUCCUCAAACACCAACUCUUUUCUGUCGGCUUUCCUACCUAACCCCCAAGGUCAGGGCCCUCUUGGGAGCGCCAUUCGAAUAGCUAUCAAGCUCCGUCAACAAUUCUGGCUAUUCCGAGUCUUUACGUCGAUAGGAACUGACAACGGAGGUAACAGCGGCGCAAAGAAGAAAGAUGACGAAAUGCGUGGCAAAGCAAUAAAAGUGAUCGACUUGCUUCAGCACUCCGCAGAGCUGGGCAGUCAGGAUGCGUUGUAUACUCUUGGGCAGAUUUCACUGUUCCCACCAAAUUACUACUUCCCGUCUGAUCCCGCCAUGGCCUAUGACUCUUUUUCUACACAUGCUUCGCUAUCGGGAAAUGCUUCAUCGCAAGCUCUCUUAGCUUUCUUCUAUGCUACUGGGUACCAUGAUGUGGUCCCCAUUAACCAAGCAAAAGCACAACUGUACUACACAUUUGCCGCUCUUGGAGGACAUAAAGGCGCACAAAUGGCACUUGGUUAUCGCUACUGGAGUGGUAUCGGCACUUUGGAAGACUGCGGGCGAGCUGUGGAUUACUACGAAAUCGCUGCAGAACAAGCCAUGUCAGAUUUCUUAUCUGGCCCUCCUGGUGGAAAAACACUCCCGCAAACUGCUACGAGGUUGUCUGAUCUGCAUGGAGGCAUUUAUGGACCUGGUGCAAGUGUGGCAUCGACUGGUUUAAAUCUUGUGAGACCUGCUAUCAAAGCCGGUAUGGCACAUGCCGCCGGUGAGACUUGGGAUGAUGUCCUCGAGUACUAUCUCUUCAACGCUGAUCGUGGUGAAAUCGAUUUUGCAUACAAGCUAGGAAAAAUCUUUUAUCAAGGUAGCAUAUAUGCGUCGGCUGGUGGUAUCGCUUCGGGGAGUGAAGGCGUCGGAAGUAUCCCGCGCGACUACCAGCAAGCCCAGUACUACUUUCUCCAAAUCGCGCGCCAGGUUUGGCCUCGCGAUCCUCCAAACCCCCUGCAUCAUGCAACGUCGGCGUACAAGGCAGAGGGCGUCACUCAACCUGGUUUCGCGGCAAAAAGUGCAGGCUAUCUUGGGCGCAUGUAUCUAAGGGGAGAGGGCGUGGAGGCUAAUCCAGCAAAAGCGAUGAUGUGGUUUGAGCGUGGCGCCGAAUACGAUGACAGAGAAUGCCACAAUGGACUAGGGAUAUUGUGGCGAGAUGGCCUCGUUCAAGGCAAGAAAGACUUGCAGAAGGCUUUGCAACAUUUCAAUGUUGCCGCUGGGCAGGAGCUACCCGAAGCACAGGUCAACGUCGGGAAAUAUCAUUAUUACCGGGGUGAACUCAAACUUGCUGCAACGUACUUUGAAACAGCCGUUCGCCAUGGAUCCCAAUUUGAAGCGCAUUUUUACCUUGCAUUGAUCCACAAUAUGCAAACACAAACCUCUGCGAUGUCGCCAGAUUUAUCUGCAGGAUCUUGUGCCACAGCUGUCUCCUUCCAUAAAAUGGUCGCCGAACGUGGCGUUUGGGACGAUGACCUACUACAUGAUGCAGAGGAAGCGUGGUUACGGGGUGCAGAUAGGGAUAAAGAAGUCGCAAUACUCAAAUGGUGGAUAGCUGCUGAACGAGGUUUCGAAGUCGCUCAGAAUAACCUUGCAUUUGUGUUGGACCAAGACAAGAGUAUCCUACGCCUCACUAGAUUUUCUCCUAUUAUCCCUUCCAACGACACAGCAAGACUCGCUUUAACUCAGUGGACACGUUCGGCAGCCCAGCGAAAUGUCGACGCCUUGGUUAAAGUCGGUGACUACUACUAUCACGGUCUCGGUGUCCCCGAAGAUUCAGAGGCGGCUCGCUGGGAGAAGGCUGCAAAAUAUUACCAAUCCGCAGCUGAUACGCAAGUCAGUGCUCUAGCAAUGUGGAACUUGGGAUGGAUGUACGAGAAUGGUGCUGGGGUGCCUCAGGAUUACCAUCUCGCGAAGCGUCACUACGACAUGGCACUGGAAACUAAUGGCGAGGCUUACCUGCCUGUAAUGCUCUCCUUGGUCAAAUUGUACAUGCGAAGCUUUUGGCAUACUCUCGGAGGAGGCAGCGAUGGGCUAAGUCUUUGGAGUCCUGAAGAAGAUGGUAGCAGUUCGUCUGUUCACGAAAACAGCGAAGAGCGAGAGGGGCGAGAACUUGAUGGUUCCCCAGAAAACGACCAGCCUGGACAAGAGACUGAGUCUAACGAGAAAGCAGCUGAUGAGCCAGAAGAAGACGGCCCUUGGUACUUUGGAAAGGCGAAGGAAGAGUUUCAUCGACGAAGAAGGGGACAAGACGCCAGAGCAAAUGAAGAAGAAGAUCCAGUUCAGUGGGCUCGCGAUAGACGGAACUCUGAAAACGAGCGAGAUGGUGACUUUGGUCCCGAAGAUUAUUUUGAUGGCGCUCUCAGGGGUGGUCAUCGUGGUGAAGAAGAUGUGGAUGAUUUCGCGGAGACUAUGUUGCUGGUCGCGCUUUGCCUCGCGGUGUCUAUAUUGCUAUACGUCCGCACACGCUUCGUCGAGAGGGUCCGCAGAGAGGAGCGACAACAGGGCGAAGAGGGCAAUGGCCAACAACCUGCCCAGCCCCCACCAGACUUGGGUGCUUUCCCUGGCCCUGAUGAUCCAGCUCGGAAUGAGUGGAAUAUACUUCAUUAGGUUGUGCGACAUGUUCAUAAAAAAUAGAUGCUCUUUGUACACCUCGGUGGCGCCUAUCGCGUUUUGUGCAGCCGAGAGGAUGACUAAGGGAUGCACGUGGUCGGUCUGACGCGCUCGUUCUCAGGUUGAUACACUGCGUAAUUCGAGAGUUCUCGAGUCGAAAGUCUAUUCAUUUCUUCCUGAUUCCUGUCCAUUCGUUACACUCCCGGUUCUAUUUUAACUCAGAUCCCUUAUAAUGAGUUUUGAUGUCACAGUUCUCGAGUCCUACAUUGAGCAGAUCCUAUCCGCUCCUGGGACUGACUUGAACACCAUCAGUGCAAAACGCGUUCGCAAGCAGCUGGUGGAAUUCGAUCCAGCAUUGACACCGGAAACGCUGAAGGAGCACAGGGAAAGCGUUGACCAGAUAAUUUCGAGCGUGUUCGAGAAAGUAAGCCAUGCUGCUGGAGGCGUGUCCGUGCAAAGUGCAGAGGGCUCGAAGCGGAAGCGAGAAGAAGAGGAUGGCGGCAUAGGCAGCGUAGAAGAAGACAUAGGGGAGGAAGCUGAAGCUACUCCCGACCCUCCCAAGAAAAAGGGAAAGAAAACCACCGAGGAAGCCGAUGCUGAGCUGGCAAGAAAGCUUUCGAGCGAAAUAAAUGGCCGUUCACGGAGAAGCGGUGGGUCGAGUGCUCCUGCUACUAAGGCGAAAAAGAAUGCCAGUAGAAAGUCAAAAAAGAGUGCUGCGACUGUAGAAUCUGGCAGCGAUGAUGAUGGUGAUGAACCUGGAAAGAAGAAGGCAAAACCCAAGAAGAAGGCUAGUGGAGGGGCAAAAGGUGGUUUUGCGAAGGAGUAUAUCUUAAGCGAACCAUUAUCCGCUGUAUUGCAGGUGGAUAAGCUCUCGCGUCCACAGGUGGUCAAACAGCUGUGGGAAUAUAUCAGAGGUAAUGAUCUUCAAAACCCCAGCAACAAACGCGAGAUAAUGUGUGACGGCGGCCUACGCGCUGUUUUCAAUGUGGAUAAAAUUGAUAUGUUUAGAAUGAAUAAGGUAUUAGGACAGCACCUCCACGAGAACGAAGGGUGACCUUUGUUUAUUUAACACAAGAUUUCUUCCUGUGCGAUGCAUUUUUUCCAAUUAUUUUAUUGAAACUUCCUAUUCUCUCACAUAGUUGUUUGAUUUAUUGGAAGAAUGUUGUUAUUCCGGCACACACGCAACAGUGUGGUUCGUUCGUCGUCCUAUUAUUUCCUGUUACCUGACUUUGACUCUCUUGUUGUCCUACUUUUCAUGUGUUAAAUCCUCGAGUUUGAUGCAACGUGUUCUUUUACAACUAUUAUAAACAAUAGGAUAUAAAUGUUGACUAUGAGAACUCUAGACAACGUGAAGUUGAAGUGACU